GGGAUGAAACCUGCUUGAGGAACUGAGUGGCGCGGGGUAGGCCCUGGCGGGAAGUAUAAAAAGACAUGCUGACCCCACCGACUCAUCACAGACACUCAAUCGAAUUCGGAGUCAACACAUCUCUUCAAGGCACUUUAUAUCCUCUCGGAAAUUGAUACAUCGAGAGUACGUGCAUUAGAAGGUGGAAGAAGAAAAAAAAAAACUCCCUAAAGAUGUCCGCUACGAGUCAGUCACCUCCAAUUUGGUGCGAUGCCGAAGCUGCUCUCAGUGCUACAGAAGGCUGCCAAUUGGACAGCAGUAAAAUCCACGCCCUCAUGAUGUCUGCUGACAAGCGUGAAGCUAGAAACCGCGACAGCGGAUGCGAUUUGAGUUCGGCCGGAACUGACUCGCCAUCUAGCUAUCGCUGGAUUAAAGACGAUAAUUCGACUGGAUCCUAUUCUUGUUCGAGUUGCGAGGCCACUGUUGACCAAACAUCUAACGUUUAUCAUCAGCUCGCUCAAACGUUGGCACAGGCCCGUCUCAAAAUUUCCGAUUCAAAAGACCCAUUAGAUGUUCCAUCGGUCCUGGCCGUCAGCGAAUCGUCGAUUGCCCUGAGUCCUAUCAUAGCCCCUGAUUCGAACGAAGAGGAAAAUCUGGCGGUGGAUGAAUUGGACGAGAAGAAAAAUCUCGAAAGGUUAUCGAAUCUACCAGAAAUGCCUAACUUUCCAGACGCUUCAUCCAAGACGGAACCACUAAGUCGCAAAAGUCGGGGAAGGUUGUUUCCACAAGUAUUGGCCUCGCUAGCCCUUGCCAUCGCAGCUAUGAUAGAGGGUUACUCUUCCGGUUAUACGUCUCCUGCCCUGGCUUCUAUGACACAACCUAACAGUUCAAUCCCCGUCAACGAUCAACAGGCGUCUUGGAUCGGAAGUUUAAUGCCACUAAACGCUCUGAUCGGCGGUAUCGUUGGUGGAAGCAUCGUCGAGCAUUUCGGCCGGAAGAAGGCCAUUAUGGCUACGGGUCCCCCUUACAUACUAUCUUGGUUACUGAUUACCUUUGCUACUAACCUACCAAUGGUCUACGCCGGACGCUCUAUCCAGGGAUUUUGCGUAGGUCUGACUACGUUGACGUUGCCCAUUUACUUGGGGGAAACCAUUCAACCAGAGGUCCGCGGAUCGCUGGGCUUGUUACCAACUACCAUCGGCAAUAUCGGCAUCUUGUUUUGCUACAUCCUGGGUUCUUACAUUGACUGGAAAAUAUUGGCUGCCAUCGGAGCUGCACUUCCUUUACCCUUCUUGGCUUUUAUGUGGUUCGUUCCUGAAACACCACGCUGGUACAUCUCUAAAGGGCGCUACAAGGAAGCCCGGGAAUCACUUCAAUGGCUCAGAGGUGGCAAAACGAACGUCAGCGACGAAUUUCUCGAGAUUGAAAGCAACUACAAGAACCAAAGCGUAGGCGGUGGAGUCAGGGAACUGAUGAAAAUGGCAUACCUUCGUCCUCUGCUUAUUUCGUUGGGUCUCAUGUUUUUCCAACAACUUUCCGGCAUCAACGCUGUUAUUUUUUAUACCGUUUCUAUCUUCGAAAAAUCUGGCGGUAGCGUCGAUAGCAACCUUUCUUCCAUCAUCAUUGGACUAGCCAAUUUUAUCGCUACUUUGGGCUCCAAUAUGGUGAUUGACCGUGUUGGACGCAAAGUUUUGCUCAACAUUUCUGGCUUCUUCAUGGCUGUUAGCCUUGGCGCAUUGGGAGUCUUCUUCAUUCUUCAACAUCUCGAGCACGAUCUCGAGCACGUUGGCUGGCUCCCACUUGCUACAUUCAUCGUCUACAUCGUGGCCUUCUCCAUCGGUUACGGACCUAUUCCUUGGCUUAUGAUGGGCGAAAUUUUCCCCAGCAAAGUUCGCGGUCACGCUGCAUCUGUAGCAACAGCUUUUAACUGGGCAUGCAGUUUCGCCGUAACUAAAUUUUUCAAUGACCUCAUCCAGACAAUCGGUGCCCACGGUGCCUUCUGGUUUUUCGGCUUUUUCUGCUUCGUCAGCAUCUUUUUUGUCAGCAUUUUCGUACCGGAAACAAAGGGGCACAGUUUGGAAAAUAUCGAGAAAAGAAUGCUCGAAAAGAAAUCGAAAGAUAUCGAGUGUACCAAAUUGUAGACAGACGAGCAGUUCAGUGUUCGCGUUGGACGUCAGAACAGUGACAACAAGUUAUUUGUACAUAUAUUCCCCUUUUUCUAUAAAAAAAAAAUACCUCAAUUUUAAGUAAUCUCUCCCUGAUCUGUGUUCAUCCCUCUUUCUCCCCACCGAAAAGAAAAAGCCCAGAAAGCCUUAGAAUAAGAAUGGAACAAUGAUGGGAUUCGUUAUUUAUGGAUACAGUCGCUUUUUCGAUUACCCAGCAAAGUACGAAUCAUUUUAAUGGUCCUUAUUUUAUAUUCUAAAAUAUUUAUGUAUAUAUACUAUUUCAUGCAGGGUAAAAAUAUUGUAAAGCAAUAGUCUUCGUUGUUUACCUUUUAUAGCAUACAAACUCACCUACACCCUCUAUACUCAAAGCAGAUCGUUAAAACCUUAAAACUGAUAAAAUCUUUGCAUAGUGUGAUGUAAAUACACUAUCAGCACCACAA